AUGUCGUCAUACGGAAAAGCUCCAGGAAGAGCAGCUUCAUCAUCAGAAGCGAGAAACUUUACGGGAAAGAUUGGAAAUAUUUCUCCAAUCCAACAUUACAAGAAUAACACAGCGGCUUCGGGUCUGAUGGCGACAUAUAACUAUGAAAAUACCAAUUCAAAGCAUGCCAAUGACGAAGCUAAUCUACAUCAUACACAGCCUGCAGGAAGCAAGUUUGAUUUGCAUACACCCAGAACCAUUUCAUCAGAACUUGACAACCGGCAAUAUUCACCCUCAGCCACUUCAUCAGUCGACUCUUCACCUCCUAUCGUGAUUAAUAGGCACUUGGAACAAAUAGUUAAGUGUUCCUUAUGUCAUAACAAACCGACGACUCCACAUUUGUGUCCUUGCUGUUCCAAAAUUGUUUGCCUUCCAUGUAUCAAAAGAUGGCUUGUUGAUCAGGGAAAAUCUAAUUGUCCUAAUUGCAGAGCUUCUCUUCAUAUGAACCAAAUGGUGAACUGCAAAUUCGUUUCAGAAAUAUCAUCGGAGCUGGAAAAACUCCAAUCCCAGAUACAUUCAAGAAAAGAAAAAACUAUCACAUCAACUCCAAGAAACAUCAUUGAACAAUGCUCAAAUCAUGAUCUCCCACUGAUUUAUUAUUGCGAAACUUGCAAAGCAGCUAUUUGCUCUGACUGUGCCAUGUUUGAAGAUAAACACAAAGCACAUUCCUUCAAGAAAGUGUCAGAAGUUUACAAAGAAUGUGUUGAGGUUGUUAAAUCUGAAUCAAAUUCUGUUAAUGUCAGAUUGAAGGACCUUAACACAUUAAUUAUCAAUAUUGAUGAAAACAUUAAGAUGAUUACCAAGUCUAAAGAUGAAACUCUAAAAUCUAUUAACGAAACUGUGGAAGAAAUACGAGGAAAUUUGGAAACUCUUUACAAAACUAAGCUAUCAUCUCUGGUUUCACAAAAAAACCUCAUUAUCGAUGAAAUUUCAAUGUUAGAACAGCUGAAUAAGGAGCUUGGAAAACAAAUAGAGACAAGCCCCCAAUGUGUUUUAAUACAAAAAACACCAGAUAUUGUGCGAGUGGUAGAUGAAAUUAACAAAAAACCACCAAUUACGUUCUCAAAAAUCUCUGUUGAUCACUCAUUCCCCAAUGAACUAGUUCCAGCUUUUGAAGGUGGUCAAUUCAAAAUUGAAAAUUACUUUGAGAAGGUGAAAUCUACAGAAGUUAUAUAUUCUGAACCGAUCAACAUAAAUGGACUGCUUUGGAGAUUGAAAGUGUAUCCUAAUGGAACUGGUUUAGCAAAAGGAGUCUUUAUAUCAGUGUUUUUGGAGAUGUACAAGGGACUCUCCGAACCAAAGAAGUAUCACUACAAAGUUGAAAUGAUUAACACACGAGAUCCGGCUAAAAAUAUUGAGAGAUCUUUUGCUUCAAUAUUUGAGUGUGGAGAAUGCUGGGGAUAUAAUCGUUUCUUCAGAGUGUCUGAGCUUAUAAGCAAUGGAUUUGUUAAUCCUGAGGAGGAUGUAUUAACUCUGAAUUUCUUUGUUCGCCCAACCAGUUACUUUGAAAAAUGUUUAGAACAAUCAAGAUAUAUUAAGGAGCUGGAAGACUUUAAGAAAAGUCAUGUUGCCUUAGAGAGCUCAUCAUCUCCUGGAAUGAACGAAGAGCUCGCUCCACACUCAGAAACUCCUCUAUUCGACAAGAAUAGUCUUGAAGAACACCAAAAUGGUGGACAACAGCAAAACUGGAUUGCCUCUUCAACUGCCGAGGAUCCCAAUCUCUCACCCAUCGAAUCAUUUUCAACUCCAUUCAUUACUGAGGAUGAUUUAGCCUCUGUUUCGCCAAAACAGAGAAAAGAAGAAUCAUUUGCUUUCCAAUCUCCACAUAACAUCAAUGAUCUAGAUCAUUCAUCCAAUAUUUCCUUGAGCUCAGACGAAGAAGAGAAUGCACCUCUUCCUGAAACAGCAUGGAAACCAGUUGAGCCUGGUUUUUCAAUACCCCAUGUUGGAAAUCAAAGUCAUGAGGAAAUUUCUUCAACAUCUCAACCACAAAUCACUCCAUUUGAAGACGAUCAAUCAACCAAUCAAUAA